CAAUCACCACGUGGCUGUGAGUUGCAACGAUUCCAGCUGUCCUCACAUUAUCACCCAAGGCAGAGCAGACCGAGCAACGCGGACGUACGGAAGGAGGUCAGCUACUUCCUUGGCCAACAUCAUUGGGGGAAAGGGCACGUCCGAACCAUGCAGGAAGCCAUGGAUCUUACCAACGGCCGCUCCACAUCAGGCGGCGGCUCGUUCGGGCCAGUACAUGUCAUCGAGCCCAGCGAUAGCUCAGAGCACACCCACACUGCCAUCAUGUUGCAUGGCCGAGGCAGCAACGGUCCCGAGUUUGCUGAAGAGCUCGCUGAGACUGCGUCGCCGGGCCAGAAGCCCCUCACGCAGAGGUUCCCCGGUUGGCGGUGGGUGUUUCCGUCGUCUCGAGAGCUGUGGAGCACCGCGUUCGAGGAGAUGCUGUCCGCUUGGUUCGAGGCCCACUCGCUCUCGGACACGACCGACAGGGAGGAUUCGCAGAUGGAAGGAAUUCAGCAGUCGGUAGCCUACAUUCAGCAUAUUGUGAGCCAGGAAGUCGCGAGGCUUGGAGGGAAAUCCGAGAGGGUGGUCAUUGCAGGUAUCAGCCAGGGAGGCGCGAUCGGCAUGUGGACGCUGCUGUGUCAAAGGAACGUCGGCAAGUGGCUUGGGGCAUUCGUAGCAGCGAGCGCAUGGCUGCCUUUUGCACUCAAUAUCGACCGGAUUCUGGGUCGGAACAGCGUCGACACAUCAGUUGGUUGCAACUCAGAUGUCGAGGCUUCGGAUGCCUUUGUUAAGGAGAUGAUGCUUUCCUGCACUCAACCGCCUGCGGUGCCGCUGGGGGACAGGUCGCCCUUAUCCACGCCCAUCCUUCUGGGUCACGGCAUCGACGAUGCCGUUGUUGGUGUCGAGCUCGGCCGGCAGGCACGACAGGUGCUCGCCAACGUAGGGUUCCAAGUCGAGUGGAAAGAAUACUCGGGCGCAGAGCAAGAAGGGCACUGGCUCAAGGCACCAGAGCAGAUUGACGAUAUUGCCGCCUUCCUACUGAAGGCCAUGUCGACGCACGCCACUGACAGCUCGAGUUGAGCCCUGCCGGCGUGGUGACAAAAUUCCGAGGGAUAUAACCGACCGCGGCGUGGGCUUACCGAAUG